CUCAUUGUGAGAAAUCCAAAUGAUUAUCUCAUUCUGAAGAAGAUACAUUGAGAUUGAAGAGCCUGAGAUAAAAUCGAGGAAGCGACUGUACUCCGAUUGUGCUCCGGUAAUCCUGCUCGAAAUUCGAGUCUGUGUUUUCUGACUCGAGAGUCUAAAUAACACGGCUAUAAUCUAAAGCAAAUUUCAUUAUCGUAAUUAAGAGAUUUGGAUUAGAUAAGACGUCGAGAUCGUCUUCUAAUAGUGAUGAGAAUUUAGUACAAGAGGGAUCAAACGGUCAAGGCACAAAUUCGUAACUGCAAGAAUAAGAUUGAAGUGAUAUCAAGAUAAGUAGCUAGAUUAAGACGUUUAAUCUUCGAAACGAAUCAAGACGGAUAACGGCCAAUCUGUGAUAUCCAGCUCGAGACGAGACAAAUUGGCAGUGCGGAUUAGUUCUACAGAUAGAGAGUUCAAGCGACGAUCACUAGCUGAAUAAGAUAACACGCUUAAGCAGCUUAAGAUAGCGAGAUUAACUAGCUUAAUUUUGGAGCGAGUCGAGACGGCGUGCAGGAAACGCAUAUCCAGAGACGAAAAAUAAAUAAGCGCCGAGUUCUCUGAAACUCCGAGUAACUGGAGCGGUAGCGAAACAAGGGUCAAGAUUAAACGGUUGAAAUUCGAGGGGAAUCGAGACGUAUAUUUGAUAUCCAACGCGAGACAACGCAUCGUUAUCACGUGUCCUCAUAGAGUCGUAUUCAAUACGAAACGAGACAAGUCUCGACGACGGACGCGAUCAGCCGGUCGUUGCACUUCGCCUGCUCGCUCCGGUAAAUCUACAAACGCCUCCUCGCGAUAUACCGUUACCACCACGACACACCGAUCGGACGAGGCCUCCGCCUUUCGUGUACGUGCGCGAGGAGAGGCUCCACACCGACCAGUACGAACCGGAUACCCAAUUCCGUUCCCCGAGUCGAACGAGGACACUUUCCGAGCUUGUAUUUACUUUUGAUAAGAAGUCGCGCAUCAGGAAUUUAGGAGGAUCCUAAACACAUCCAACUAUCAAAAAUACGACUGUUCGUGAAGUGAUAUUAAAUUAUUCGAAGAUACCGACAGAUCUCGGGCUGUCGUAAAGAGGACAGCGAUAAGCUGAGUGUAUAUCGUUGACAGCAGGAAGAAGCGGGUGAUUUCAGUUGUCCCUCUGGGAUAUCCGAUAAAUUUUAACGUAGUGAAAAAGUGCCGAUUAUCGCGUGGGAGGAGGGUAUAGUCAGGCGAUACACGGGAAAAUUCCUGCCACUGCUAUGCGCACACUGACCGAAGCGAUGAAGCAUCGCGCGAUCAGCUGACUAGUCGAGUUGUUCGGCGGCCGCACCGCUGAUAAGGAUAAUUCUCGGGACAAGCAUCCACAGCAACGCCCGCCGCCCACUUGCUCUGUCAUGACAUUUGGCACGGCGUUCCACACCGAGAAAUCGCAAUUGUCCAGUGAGAAUUCCGCUCGGACCGGCAGCAUGGCAGCCGAAGAGGGAAUGCUGGGUGGUGGCCUGGGCGCGAAAUUGAAAUGCCCGACUCCCAUAUCGCGGUUGAGGGUAGAGAAGAUCGAGGGCGGCCUGAUGGUGGCCGGUGUGGUAAUAGCGGCGAAUUGCCAGAUUGCCCUUCCAGCAUUUGGCACUCUUUUCAUGCUCGUCGGCGCCGUACUCACUGCGGCUUCUUAUCGUGGCCCCGGCGAAGACGAAGACAAGAACUCAUAUGCCGCACGAAUUGCCUUUACCGGCAAUUCCCGCAUCUUGGGGCCGAUCUGCAUAGUUGUGGGCGCCCUUAUGCUCGCGCUUGGCGUGCUACUCUGCAUGCUCACGAGACGGGCGAGGCGGAGGGAGCGCAGGGUGGGCUUCCAUUGUCCACUUCACGGGGAUUUCUACCCUCUGAGUCCAGUCCAAGGUAUCAAAAUGCUUGGGGUAUCUGGCAAGGAUGUAAGCGGAUGGCCGAAGAUCCCGUGCCUGAAAGGUCGCACGUCUAGCAAAGGCGGAAGCGGUGCGGGAGGACCGCACGUAGGCCCGCCGCAAUGUCCACACUCCGUUUUGAGCAGCACUCGCAGCUCCGUGAGCAGCUCGCCUUUGAGCCCGUGCCCGACGCCCAUGCCUUUCCUAGUGACUUCGGGCUCCGUCAGUAGCGGCAUGGUACAAAGCGUCGGGGCCAAUUUAUCGCCGGACCAAACAUUCGGCUCGAUCCGGUCGCUUUCGGUGACGAGAGAAGUCGCCAGUUUCCCUCUAUCGCGAACACCCACGCCACCCCCGCAGCACAGACCAUCAGCAGUGCUGGCGACGAAUCCCGAGGAACUGGUAGGCGUUGGUAGCCCUUUGAGAGAAGCUUCACCUAGGCCGGAGGUGCGCGUGGUCGCACCGUCCCAUCGGCCACAACCAAUGUCUGCCCUGGCCGCAACGAACGACGGCCAUCACGCUGUCUCCACAGUGAACCGCAAAUCCGUCAGCAUACUGCUACCCGAACAGAACAGCGGAUGACAGCAGCAACUGCAGCAUCAGCAGCAGCAACAACUACAGCAGCAGCAACACGGCUUCGUGCACCGUUGCGACGAGCAGCAGGUCUCGAUUUAGAUAGAGGAGGUGGGCGAAUCAACCAUUUGUAAGAUCGAAUUGAAUCGAAUCGAAUCUUUGAUAAUAUAUUUGGAAACGAAUCGAAUCGUAUUUGAAAUUCUUACGUCAAACCAAAUCGAAUCGAAUCUUCUGGAUUCGAAAAGGAAUCGAAUUCGAAU